UUACACGCGGCCAUAUCUCUUUUAUUUAUUUUAAAGUUCACGUUGUGCCGAUGUUGUCGCCUCUAUUCAAACAGUCAUGGGUUGUGCUGGGUGUGCUGCUGAACAUGCUGGGCCAGGGCAUGCUGGUGGGGUAUACCUCGGUGCUGCUGCCGCCGCUGCAGGCUCCAGGCGCAGAGAUCAAGGUUGAUAUAUACUCCGCAUCGAUAAUUGCUUCAAUGAUUGGCGCCGUCGGCAUGUUUGGAUUUUUCACGUCUGCCAUUCUGAUGGAUUUGUGUGGCAGAAAAUUCGUGCACGGUCUGGUGGCCGUGCCGGGCAUCGUCGGUUGGCUCUGCAUCUACUACGCUGACAGCGUCACGUUGCUGAUCGUCGGAAGGGCAUUCGGAGGAUUUGCAGCAGGGGCGACCGUCUCCCUAGGAGCCAUAGUAAUCGGAGAAUAUACAAGCCCGAAAAACAGAGGAAUGUUUCUGAAUCUCAAAACAGCCGCCGUCUGUUUGGGCAACUUGGUCGUCCACGUCCUCGGCCAUUUCUACCAGUGGAGAACCGUAGCUGUGCUGUCGGUAUGGCCGCUCGCCGCUUCGCUCCUCAACGUCUGCACCUGGCCAGAGAGUCCCGCGUGGUUGGUGUCGAAAAGUAAAUACAAGGAAAGUGAAAAAUCCUUCUACUGGUUGAACGGGAGAAACGAGGAGUCAGUGAAUGAAAUUGAAAACUUACUGACAGCGCAGAAGGAAAGGAUGGCUAAUGAUUUUAAAAAUGUUAGUUUUGGGGGCAAACUCGUUCAGAUCCUGAAGAAAUUUACAAGGAAAGACUUUCUGAAACCGGUUAUGAUAAUAUUCUUCGCGUGUAUCUGUCUGGAAGCUUGCGGCAGACACGUCUUUCCAGCUUUUGCUUCACAAAUAAUCGGAGAAGUCACCGGUAGUAAGAGCCAUAAAUUCUACUAUACUUUAGGAAUAGAUAGUAUCAUAACAGCGAGCGCUAUUUUCUCCUCUGUUCUGGUGAAAUUGAUGAAGAGACGCACGCUGCUGUUUGCCACAGGUUUCUUAUCUUUAAUUGUUCUGUACUGCAUAUGUGGCUAUAUGUAUUUAGUGAGUGUUGACAUAUUGUCGAGCGAAAGGACUUAUAUUCCUAUGGUGUUAUUCGUCGUGUACUUCAUCCUGUCUAAUUUGGGAUGUACCCCCAUACCGAUGGCCCUACUGGGUGAGAUCUUUCCCCUGGCUCAUCGGGGAGUGGGAUCCAGCGUCGCAGGAUUCAUAUUCUCGAUGUGCGUAACUCUGGCCAUGAAAGUGACACCGUAUCUCCUGGUCCACAUAAAAGUACACGGUACCUUUGCGUUCUUUGGCACGAUUUUGGGUCUCAGUUUAGCAGUGUUAUGGUUCAUAUUGCCCGAGACGAAGGACAGAACGUUGCAAGAGAUAGAAGACUACAUAUACAAUGGAGAGUUCAAGCAAAUAGUCGACAAAGAAGCUAACGUGACAAUGAUACCGCCACAGAAAAAUUAUGAUGUUUGAUGAAAUAAAAGAGAUCUGUCUUAAGCCGUUAAAACAAGGAAAACGUCGGCCGAAGAUGAAUUGCUUAUAGGAAAUGUGUAUUCUAAGAACAAUUUGAGUCUAAAAUUGUAUCCGAAGUCGUCGAUAAGCAUGAAAUGAAGGUCAAAAAUCACAAAAUCGUGUAUUUCAAGUUUUUAACGAAAUGGAAAAUUUUAUUGUAUAGUGGCCUAGUUAAUAUCAUCAUUAUGUGGAUCAUUCUAUGAAAUGAUCCAGAAAUAUUUAUAGCCUUGAUGAAAAUUUAAUUUUAAUUUUAGGCUAAUUCAAAGUCAAAAGUCUUCAGUU